UAUGAACUCAAAUAUUCCCUUGUCGGUCAUCGUAUGUCCGUGUCGAGUGUUAAAUUCUCUCCAGACGGCAAAUGGCUGGCUAGUUGCUCUGCGGAUAAAACUGUAAAAAUCUGGCAUGCAUUGGAUGGAAAAUACGAAGCAACAUUAGAGGGACACACACAGGGCCUUUCUGAUGUUGCGUGGGCAUCAGAUUCCCAAAGUCUGUGCUCUGCAUCAGACGACAAGACAAUUCGUAUCUGGAGCUUGAGCACAAGAGAAACAGCAAAAGUACUGAGAGGUCACUCCAACUAUGUCUUUUGUGUCAACUACAACCCUCAAUCAAAUCUUAUUGUCUCUGGCUCGUUUGAUGAAAGUAUCAAGAUCUGGGAUGUAAAGAAGGGUAAAUGUAUGAAGACAUUGCCAGCACAUUCAGACCCUGUAUCAGCCGUUCAUUUUAACCGAGACGGGACAAUGAUUGUGUCCUGCAGUCAUGACGGUCUGAUUCGCAUCUGGGAUACGGCUAGUGGGCAAUGUUUGAAAACUCUUGUAGAUGAUGACAAUCCGCCAGUUUCAUUUGUUAAAUUCUCGCCCAACGGUAAAUAUAUUUUGGCAUCCACUUUGGAUAAUACACUCCGUCUCUGGAAUUACCACACCGGAAAAUGCUUAAAGACGUAUCGUGGACACGAGAACAACAAGUACUGUAUCUUUGCAAGCUUCAGUGUCACUGGUGGCAAGUGGAUUGUUAGUGGCAGUGAGGACCAUUCUAUCUACAUCUGGAACCUCCAAACAAAGGAAAUUGUUCAGAAAUUGGAGGGUCAUUCAGAUGUUGUUCUCUGUAUUGCCUGCCACCCAACUAUGAAUAUUAUUGCAUCAGGGUCCAUUGACAAGGACAAGUCAGUGAAACUUUGGUUUGACAAAUCGCAACCACUUGCAUAAUAACAUCUUUUACAAUCUUGGCACGUCUGGGUCUCGUUAAAGAACGCUUUUAUCUCUCUCUCUCUCUCUCUCUCUCUCUCUCUCUCUACUUUCUUCUUUUUUCUUUCCUUCAAGCGCAUGCAUCUCCAUACUAUUUAUAUAUAUAAAAAGGGUUCUUUGAUCUUUACAGAAACAGAUCUCGGAACAAAGAUAU